AUGGAGGUCUCCUGGUCUGAAAUUGUGUGGUUCGCUUCUUGUAUUCCAAAACAUGCCUUCUUAUUAUGGCUUGUCAUUAGGAAAAAGCUUCUUACACAGGAUAAACUUUUACGAUGGGAGCAAACUAGAAGGAAAAGUAUGAAUAUGAUGUGCUGUGUUCUUUGCUACAACAAUUUGGAUUCCCAUGAACACCUCUUUUUUUCAUGCAAAUACUCAUCUCAAGUGUGGUGCCAGGUUCGAAGUCAUGCAGACAUGUCUAGUAUUCAACCUGAUUGGAAUGAUAUUUUCAGUGAUUUAAACCAGAGACGUAAUAUGAAGUUGGUUGGUAACAUUGUGGCAUGCCUCACGGUUGCGGCUGCAACAUACUAUAUAUGGAGGGAACGAAACAGGAGGAUAUUCCAGGAUAAUGCUCGUCCACCGGAUGAUUUAGCGCAGGAAAUUCUUAAUACAGUUCGAUUCAAGCUUAUGGGUCUAAAGUUCAAACCAUCUAUUCAAGUGAUGAGGAUGUUGGGAAAGUGGAACAUUUGUGGAGAGGGGAUGCUGGAUAAUGAUGAUAUGUUUGGAUUCAGUUAG